UCUCACGUUUGGAUUCCUUCACUUUUUGAGUUUCUCCGGUUACUGCUGCGGGUACCAGCAGAGUGCUGAGCUGGAUAAGGAUACAGCCUCACCUCAGCAUCUCUACAAACUACCAGAUUAACAAGAAGACUCUUUUUUCCUCUUGUAACUCCGAAUUGCAACAAAUUUCCCUCCUCUUUCUGCUGCAGCAUCUGAGGUGCGACGCAGAAGUUACCUGCGCUGCUGGAGAUCGUCCCCAAAGAGUCACGAAUGGAGCUUUGAAUCCUUACAACUCAAACAAACUGUGGAUACUGGGAUAGCCGCAUAUCCAAAACGCUGUGCGCUCAAAGGGAGCUUUUGGGCACAUACCAUUGCGAUGCUCUGGAUGUGACUUCAAACAAGUUUCACUACGGUAGAGUCCUGCAAAGCACAAUGAAAGACGACUUUGCUGAUGAGGAGGAGGUGCAGUCCUUUGGUUAUAAGAGGUUUGGUAUUCAGGAGGGUACAGAGUGCACCAAGUGUAAAAAUGACUGGGCACUGAGGGCGGCUAUCGCACUGCUCUAUGUGCUCUGUGCCCUGCUCACUAUAGCAGUGGCUGUCCUUGGGUACAAAGUGGUCCAGAAAAUGGACAAUGUCACAGAGGGCAUGCAGAAUUAUGGAGGCAAGAUCAAUGCUGUGGAGACCGACUUAAAGAAACUAGAUGAUCAGGCAGGAGAGAAAUCGGUUAAUACCACAAGUGACAUCAAAACGUUCAAGUCAGAUCUGGAGGCUUUGCAGAACCAGCUGACUGAUAUUGCCCUCAGGGCGACCAGAAACAGGGAUGUGCUGGAUGAGCUUCAGAUCACUGGAGAUGACAUGCAGAAUGGCCACGUCUCCCUGCAGAGUGUUUUGCAGAGCAACGAGGCCUCACUGCGCGGGGUCAACCAGACCUUGGCCUCCUACAGCCGCAUGAUUGACAACCUCCAGACAGACACUGCAUGGCUCCAGUCAGAGAUACAGGGCCAGGUCAAAGUGCAGAGCCAGACUCAGGUUAAUAUCAGCGCACUAAACAUCACACAGUCCCAACAGCGGAAUCUGCUCAGCACGCUGCAGAAGACGGUGGAGGACGCAGGCCAGGCGGUGCAGAAACUGAAGAAUGACUAUCAGGGUCUGCAGCAGACAGCCAGGCAGACCCGCUCUGACACAGAGUGGCUAAAAGAAAAAGUACAGAACCUCCAGGUUUUGGCAGCCAAUAAUUCAGCCCUGGCUCGCUCCAAUGGAGAAGCUCUGGAUGAUUUGGGGGCUCAGCUCAGCACGCUAGCCAGCCAGAUCCAGAACACCUCAGCUCUCAGUGAGGAGCGCGGCCAGAACCUGCAUGAACUGAUGGACCACCAGAGAGACCACGAUAACGCCACCUCAUCUAAGUUUGAUGAGAUGGAAGCACGAUUAGACAAACAAGAGAACGACAUGGACCGUGUGAACGGAAACGUGAGCUUCACCACACAGCUCCUAGGCGCCAUCAGCUCCGAUCUUAACGGCCUGAGGUUUUGUGCUGAGACAGUGAUGCGACACACAGACCUGUUAGUGGGGCUGAAUAGCAGUGUGACGGAGGCUAGCACAGAUAGCAAAGAGCUGCGCACGCAGCAGGACGAGCUGGCGGCCAGAUUGGACAGAGAGGUCAACAACCUCUCCAUGGUGAUGGAGGAGAUGAAGCUGGUGGACUCCAAGCACUCACAGCUCAUCACCAACUUCACCAUCAUGCAGGGUCCACCAGGUCCAAGGGGCCCCAGAGGUGAGAAGGGUCCCACGGGGCCGGUGGGUGCGGCAGGACAAAAGGGUGACAAAGGAGACAAAGGGAUGCCGGGCUUGGUGGGACCUAAAGGGGACAAAGGUGCUCCUGGAAUACCAGGUAUUCCGGGCCCGAAGGGGGCACCUGGGGCUCGAGGUCUUCCAGGGGCUAAAGGGUCAAGAGGGUCUGGAGGUCGACCUGGAACUCCUGGUGAAAAAGGUGACCCUGGAGCUCUGGGGAUUCCAGGUAGAGACGGACUGUCAGGGUUGCCAGGACCACAAGGGCCACAGGGGCCCAGAGGAGCAGCAGGACCUGCAGGGGUCGAGGGGACUCGCGGGCCUGUUGGACCCAUCGGCCCUCCAGGUCCUCCAGGGCUUCCAGGGAUACCUGCGCCCGUACCUCCAGUUUCAAGGCCCCCUAAGCCCACUCCUCAGCCCGCUAAGGUCCCUGCAACCCCCAGACCACCUCAACCUCCCAAACCAGCUCAACCCCCUAAACCACCUCAGCCCCCCAAACCAGCUCAACCCCCCAAACCAGCUCAACCCCCCAAACCAGCUCAACCUCCCAAACCAGCAGAGGAACCACAAGGCUCCGUGUCCCAGCAGAUCCAGUCCCCUGUCGCCACUACUGCAGCACCUGGUUGCCCACCUGAGUUCACAAAAUUUGAAAACAACUGCUAUUACUUCUCCUCUGGUUCUCAGAGGCUCAACUUUGAUGAGGCCUCCCAGUUUUGUGCCAACAUUUCAUCUCAAAUGCUCAUUAUAACCAACAAUGAGGAACAGCAAUUUGUGAGAACUGCAAUUGCAGGAAAAGGAUAUUUCUGGCUGGGCCUAACUGACAGGGAGGAGGAAAAUGUCUGGAAAUGGGUGGAUGGAACCCUGCCUGUUUUCACGAAGUGGAAGCCUGGCCAGCCUGAUAACUGGACCCAUGGUCAUGAAGAUGGCGAGGACUGUGCUGGCCUCAUCCAUAAUGCCAACUGGAAUGAUUUCUACUGCACUGACCGCAUUGCGAUGCCUCUCUUCGCGACCAACCCGUUUGACCAAGAUGUUGAGAAAGCAACCAGUGAGAUGAACACAGCUGAGGACUGGGGCCUUAUUCUGGACAUAUGUGAUAAGAUAGGGCAGUCACGCACCGGGCCAAAAGAAUGUCUUCGGUCAAUAAUGAGAAGAGUGAACCACAAGGAUCCUCAUGUGGCCAUGCAGGCACUGACUCUCCUUGGUGCUUGUGUCUCAAACUGUGGGAAGAUAUUCCACCUGGAGGUUUGCUCCAGAGAGUUUGCCAGUGAAGUCAGUAAUGUCUUAAACAAGGGCCACCCCAAAGUGUGUGAGAAGCUGAAAGCCCUGAUGGUUGAGUGGGCAGAGGACUUCCGCAACGAUCCCCAACUCAGUCUGAUCUCAGCGAUGAUCAAGAAUCUGCGUGAGCAGGGAGUCACUUUCCCAGCUGUGGGGUCCCAGGCUGCAGAGCAAGCAAAAGCAAGCCCUGCUUUAGUGGCAAAGGAUCCCUCCACCUCCACAAACAAAAAAGAAGAAGAAGACUUGGCCAAAGCUAUCGAGCUGUCACUGAAGGAGCAACGUCAGCAGCCGCAGACGACCCUGUCGAGCCUUUACCCAAACACAUCCAGCCUGCUCUCCUCACACAAAUCUGACGGCAGGAAAGUCCGCGCCAUCUACGACUUUGAGGCUGCCGAGGACAACGAACUCACCUUCAAGUCAGGAGAGAUCAUCACUAUCCUGGACGAUAGUGACCCAAACUGGUGGAAGGGGGAAACAUACCAGGGAGUAGGGUUGUUUCCCUCCAACUUUGUCACAGCCGACCUCACCGCAGAGCCUGAGAUGAUGAAGACAGAGAAGAAGACAGUACAGUUCAGUGAGGACAUCCAGGUGGAGACCAUAGAGCCCGAACAGGAGCCUGUAUAUAUAGAUGAGGACAAAAUGGACCAGCUACUGCAGAUGAUCCAGAGUGCAGAUCCCACAGACAACCAGUCAGACAGCGUCGAGUUAUUACAGUUGGAAGGUGCCUGUAAUCAAAUGGGGCCGCUCAUUGACCAGAAGUUGGAGGAUAUAGACAGGAAACACUCAGAGCUCUCAGAGCUGAACGUGAAGGUGAUGGAAGCGCUCUCUUUGUAUGCCAAGUUAAUGAAUGAAGAUCCAGUCUAUGCCAUGUACGCCAAACUGCAGAGCCAACAGUACUACAUGCAGCAACCUGCAAACGCAGCACAACAGGUCUACCCUGGUCAGCCUGCAUCAGGUUCAUAUGCCAUGAGCGGCACUGCAGUGCAGGGUUACACUGUUCCCAUGGAGCAGCUUCCAGCUGGAACCCCCAUACCUGGUCAGCCAGCUCCCAGCGACGUUCAUAUGUACAUGGGCCAGCCGCCAGUCUACACUGCAGCUCCAGGCAGCAUGGCCCCAGCAGACUUACAGUCCUACCAGAACCCAGCCACCGCUCCAGGCACGAAUCCCGCAAGCAUGACGCAGACGCCAAACUACAGCAGCACCCCCUCUGGCCAGAGCAUAGCACCUUCCUCAGACGCCUCACAGGUCCCCUACUCAGAGAAAGCCUUGCUAUAGGGCCCCCUGAGCUCCCUGUUCUCCCACGCGUACACAUGCACCAGACCUGAUCGAAUAGUGAUCAAAGAUAAUUUCUUUUAUUAUGUUUUAUAAUUUGUUUUAUCAUAGGACACCAGACGGAUAAAACAGUUCAAAUAGAGCAGAGUAAAUGUGGCAUGUGGCACGCUUUGUGUCGUUUAUCUGGCAGAUAAAUUUGCAGUUACACUUCUCACUCCAGGUUUAGAAGUGAUCACGCGUGUUUGAAGAGUUCACACCAAAACACACAUGGUCUAAAAAAACUGACACGCCGUGUUUUUUUUUUAUUGUAUUUAAUUAUUCCUCUGCAUCUUCACUCUUCUGCUCCAUGUCUUUACAAGACUCAGAUGUGAAGACACGGAGGAGCUUUCAGUUGUACUUUUUCCUUCAGUUGCACUUAUUCAAGUUUUGGUUGUCAUUCAAGCCUGAUCACUUCCAAAUCUAGAUCUGAUAGCAAUAUAUGCAUUGUCCAUUUCAGUGUAAGAGACCUGACAUUUAUUGCUUUCUUUUUAUGAUAGGACUAUUGAAAAAUUGUGGAAAUGCUUUAUUUUAUGGGUCUGAACUACACAAUUUGGUACUAAUUAUUUAGGUUUUGGGUGAAUUUAUAGGCAGAAAUUUGCUUAAAAUAUUGGUGCUUUUUAAUCCCAAGUAAAUAUUUAUACAUUUAUCAUUAGAGACUUUACCCGUUAUACCACACAUAUUUUUCUUUGUUCAGCUGACGUGUGGACUGGUUUAAAACAUUUUAGGUCACACUAGCGAUUAAUUAAAAGUAAUUACAGUGGAAGUUGCUUAUAGUGAUCGCUGUUACAGUGAUCAACUGCUGAUAUGAAUCAAAAAGCUUAGGGCAGAAUCUAAGGGCAGAAAAUAACUUAAACAUAUUCUGUUUAAGUUAUUCACUAAUGAUAAUCAGAAAGUCCACUUACAGUGUUGAUUUUGGGUCUUUUCAUAUAUUACAACAUGUGGAAAAAAAGUUCGAUGCUACAGUAUUUCCACAUCAAGUGGACUGAUAAUGUCGGUCAUGUAAUGCCCCCAUCUAAUAUCCCAAAUUACUUUAAGUAAUCAGAAAUGGAUUACUGAACGGGCCUACUGUGCCCAGGCCUAGGGGCCCAAACUGCCUUCACUGGCACGAUGUCACUUAAAUUAGCACGAACCGACCAAGAAGAGACUCAAAAAAACACACACAAAGAUGCAAAAGAACUGCAAUGACACAAAAUAACUUAAAAAAAACCCCAAAAAGCAGA